AUGUCGAGCUGCGGAGUUAAGCGGAAACGAGAAUUUUUUGAGGAGGAGGAGGAUGUAAGAGGUGUAAACAAUGGGGCCUGGAACUGUGAUGUGUCCUACCUGGCGGAGAGGCAGCUCGUGUUUAGGCUGUGUCUGGAUAAGAUGCAGGGUGGCCAGAUUCGCUCAGAGCCCAGCCUGUACCGUUCCGUCCUGGUGGCCAACACUCUGAAGCAGAUUCAGGAGGAGAUCAAACAAGAGAGAGCAACUUUGCCCAAGAAUCAUACAGCAGCCCCCCCUAAUUAUGUAGCCACGCCCUGGCACACACCUAACUUUCAGCAGCACCAUGUCAGUAGUGCUGUCCAUUACUCUGCUCAACUCUGUGAUGGAGACAGUGAGGACAAGACACUUACCACGUCCAGUCAUGCAGGAGAAGACGAGGUGAACCUCUCCCUUUUCCCAUCAGCCUUCUACACUUCAUCUUCAUCCUCCUGUUCCUCAGAAGAUCCACUCUCCGGUGAUACCAAAGCCCUCAAUUUAUCCUCUUUCAUUCGCUCUUUUGAGUUUUCCCUCCAAGACCCUCCAAGUUACAUUUCUGACCUGGCUUUGGAUGAUGUCUUUGAGGAUAUUGACACGUCCAUGUAUGACUCCUCAGACAUCUCCUCCAUUCUGCCGUUCUGUCCAGUCUGUAGUGGAGUUCAGUCUUCUAGAGGGGACGAGGACCUCAAGCUGUCCCCUAGCCAUUCCUCAUCACGACCCCUACAGUUAAGUCUGUCUGACGUAAACGACCUGGACCAAGUCAUGGAGCUCCUGGUGGGAUCCUAAUUUGGUCUGAUGUGGAGUGGCCAGAAAACUGUGACAAAAUUAAAACCAGGGCUAUGUGAUUAUGGACCUAUUAUUGAUCUAUUCAAACUACACGUUUUAAACAAUCUGAACUCUGUGAAGACCAUUCUAGCUUUGAAUAGUUUGAUUGGUCAAAUAAAAAAAAGAGAGAGCGAGCCCA